GUGUGUAGUAUCCUGGCCGCUGCCUCCACAACUCCGUCUGCUAGUGAAAAUGGAACGCGGAAAAAAAUAAUGAAAAGAUGAUAAAUGUAAUGAUAAAUCGAAAAUUUAUUAAUAAAUAAUUAUAUUAUUUAUAAUUAUUAAAAUUCAACACAGCAAAUUGGACAAUGAGGUUAUUCAGUCCAAUAUGUUCGUCAAUUUUCUUUUCGUCAAUUUUUUGUUUGUUAAUGCGUUCGUUAUUGACGGAUACAUCAUGGACGAACUUUUCAAACAGACCGAAAGAAACACACGAACUAAUGGAAAACACCUAGCCGAAGAUAAAAUGUUAAUUGACAAAAUUAAUAAUAACGAAUCGGAUGAUUAUUUGACAAAUAAUAAAAAAUAUGAACUUGCGGAAGCUGUCGAAGAUGCAAGUUCGAAAUCCAAAGAUAUUGUCAAGAACGAAGAUUUAUUUAUUGCUAAUCUUGUAAAUGAUAUUAAAUUCCUGAAUGAUAUGAACAUAGUACAUAAAUUUAUUUUGUUAGAUAAAAUAAUUGAAAAAUACUCAAUGAACCAAAGAAUAAAUGAGUUUAACUCUGAUAAUAACGAUUUAGAAAAAUACGAAAACGACAAUGCAGAUCUAUUUGAAUACCAAAGAAAUAGCAAUGAGCUUUACGAUAAUAAAAUCGAUUUAAAAAAUAAUGCCUUAAUCUAUAAGAAUGUUGGAGAGGAUACCUCUAGUCAGAAAAGUAUUUUCCACGACAACAAUUAUGUGCACUCUCGAAAUAAGUUUUUAUUGAAUGCUAAAAUCAAGAAACAUAGAAGAAGAGUAUUAAACAGCUUUAUUAAUGCUGUGCCUUUAUACAAUGCUGGAACCCGAGAUAUUGAUAAAGAAAAACCGGAUAUUUCAGCGUCAAUUCAAACGACGAACGAAUCCAAAAUUAUAGAAAAAAAUGAUGGUGCCUUUAUAUAUAGUUCCUUGACCAAAAAGGAUAAUAUUUCAAUGCUUUCGUCGGACGGAAAUAUUUUAGUAACUAAUCGAACAAAAAUUACAUAUCCAAAUUUAACAUUGCAUAAUAUUCACAAGCGAAAUGUAGAUGACCAAAAAUAUCUAGCAAAGCCUCAAGAGUCUUCUAAUAACUCUACGUUUACGAGUAAACCAAAGCUUAAAAAACAAUACUGUCACUCAAGAGACCCUGAAACGUUAACCUAUUUUUCACCGAUAGCUGUAGAGGUCACAAUUACAUCGAUUUCGACCAAAAAUAAUAAACUAAAUGAAAAUGAUGAAUUUUCAAGUAAUUGGUGGACGAAAAAUGGUUUUGAAUAUUCAUUGGUGAGAAACCGGCCUAUGAUUUAUCCAGCUCAUCGAAUCAAUAGUCGAGGCGAUCGAACAAAUGGCAUCUAUUCAGCAGUUUUCAGAAUAAAUAAAGUUUUGAAAGAUGUUUACAAUAAACUUGAACCAAACAAAUAUAUCAAAUUACAAUUUUUGCGAAAAAUGAAAAACAGUAAGAAAAUAAAUUGUGGCUACAUAUUUAGUCAAGACUUCCAAAAAUAUUACAAAGAUAGUGAACAAGGCGAGAGCAGGAGUAUGAAAAAUAUUAGAGUUGAUGAGCAUGUGGGGAAUAUUACGAGGCCUAGAAGACAAAUUCCAGAAGGUGCUAAUGUCUUUGCUAGUAGAUUUGAAACCAUUCAUAAUCCAACAAGGUCUCAGACAAAUCUGGAAUUCUAUCGUAACCAAAGAUUUAUUUCGAAUCAUCGUAAUUUUAAUUACACGGAGCAUACUCAGAACCAAAGAAGAAAUUUCAAUUUCAAUAGUGCGCCUCAGGCAUUCGUUGAUAAGAAAAUGUACUCGGUCACAGUUUUAGAAACGGAGCCGGAGGUUAGACAACCGAUUGCGAAUAACCAAAGAUUUUAUAAGAAUUCAUUUCAAAUGAAGCAAGACUACAUAGAUUUUAGUGAACCUAUUACCGAAUCAAAACCUUCAUUUAAUGAACGAAGUUCAAAAAUUAGUGAAAAUAAUAAACGUAUUUAUUCUAGUGAAACUAAUAUAAAUCGAUCUAAAACUAAUGAAAAUAGAUAUACUAAAAAAAUAACUAAAAAUAGACCUAAUAUUUAUUCUAGUAUUAAUGAACAUGAUAUUAAUAAACCUGAUCAUUCUAGUGAGAGGGACACCUUAAUUUUAAUGAACAGUGAGUUGAAUUCUGCGGAUAAACAAUUAUACACAUCAUUUUUAAAACAAAGUGAUUCGCAUGUGGGAUCGAGACCUCAACCGUCCUUAACCACGAAACGACAAAGCAAUUUCCCAAAGAAUGAAAAAUUUUAUCUAAUAGAAGCUGAUUUAAAGUUAUCUAAAACUUACGUGCUUUUCAUGAAUCAUGAAAUAAGUUCAAGGGACUAUAAUGUUUUGAGUGAACCACUUUUAGUCACUCCGAAAACAAUGAAAUCCAUACAGCGGGCCCUUAAAACGCAGUACGGUAAGCCUGCUGGCAUUGUUCCACCAGUGUCGUCUCGUGAAACCGCGGCCAACGUCGGUGAACGACGUCAGAUCGUCUGUCGGACGGUAGGGGAACCCCCUCCACGGGUAACCUGGUUCAAGACAGGGACAGCAGGAAGGUUAAGGAAUGCUGCACGAAAGGGACAGGCUAAAAGAAAUCAGUCAGUCAAAAAAAGGAACGAGAACCGUUCAAAAUCGGAAUCCGGUUACAGGAUUAUACACCAGAGAUAUAAAUCCAUACUAGAAUUUCAGAAUUUGACACAAAGUGAUGAAGGCAUCUAUCAGUGCAAGAUAAAGAAUGGAAAAAGUACUUUUGUUCAGAAUAUAAAAUUGACAGUUAAAAGCAGGCCACCUACGUUAAUACCUUCUCAUUUGGAACCAUCAUACUCAGAAUGUCCACAUCAACAAUUUUGCUUAAAUGGUGGUACAUGUAUGUUCUUUGUAAGAUUAGCUGAACCAGCUUGCAAAUGUCAAGAUGGAUUUACGGGUCAACGUUGCGAAAGCAAGCACGUAUCUCUACAGAGAGCAACAAAUGAUUGCGAAUUUGGUACGCAUUUUUAUUGUUAAUAAUAUAUAUAUAUACAUAUAUUUAUAUUAUUUAUUAUUAUUUAACGUAAUGAUCGCUAACAUCAUCAUUCUACAGUUUAUUAUAAAAAGUUUGAGACAUUUUUAUA